AUGGAAGCAGAGACUGCUACAGCUCGUCGGACAACGAUAGAAGAGCUUUUGAACGAUACAGCGUUUGAAUCAGGGGACAAUUCUAUGAAAGGUGAUGUGACCUCAGAAGCAUAUUCAGCAUGCUUGAACGACUUUAUCAAGGGAGAUCACAAGCAAUGCUUGGAGGGCAUGCUAAAUCGCGGACUUUUGAGUCCCGAGGUUUUAAGUGUAAAUUACGAAAUAUGGAAACUCUUUGUGGGUGCUUGCCAGGAGGUUGACUUCCAUGUAUUGGGCACUAGCGUAAUGAAGGUUCUCCGCAUCAAUUUUGCCCAAACCGAGUUUUCUGCAACUGAACAAAAACUGACUGGUAAGCCGCCCACCGAGCUCAUUGCGGGCUUAUUGGCAUAUCUCAAAUGCUCUUAUAAAAUCGCAGAGCAAGAGAAUUCAGUAACAUCAAUGAAGCAACUGGCCGAACUGGUCAAAAAAACUAUAAUGAAUGUCAGCAGCGUUGUCAAGACUAUUCAAGAAACGCGCCAGCUGCGAAACCUCGUUAUGUUCUACCUGAUCUCUCUGCAAGGUCGUGGUUUGCAGUGUCGAUCGCUCAAAGCUCUGUUCACGAUUCUAUGUGAUGAGACUCCAACGCUUCGAGUCGCUUUGCAACGAGAAACAUCUUCAGGAGACACAUUUGAGAAUCGCAUAAUCCAAGAACUAGACACACUCGCCGAGAAAAAAAACCCCGGGCUUUCACACUCGUCAAAAUCGCCAGGGCGUCGCAAAAGUAAGACACCGCACACCAAAAAGGUUGACGAGAAAUUUCACAGUCAUCACACCCCGGAAACGAAGCCUCAACCUGCUGCUGCACACAACAACAUUUUAAAACCCAGAAAAAAGCCACAGACGCAGCUGUUUUCGCUUCCGCGCCUUGUGCGUUUCCAAAAUACGUUAACAAGUCUGUCGCGGAACCUGCUAAACAAAAAAAUCGCGCCAGUCGUCGUUUUGGUUCUGCUCUUCGUGCUCAAAAAAUCAGGCACCAUCAGCCAGCUGGCUAGGAAGAUCCCAGCUCUUCUCAGGCGUUUGGUAACUCUUUUGAAUAUCUUGAUGAGCAUCUAA